AUGGCCAUCGCGGAGCACGAUGAGGCGGCGAAGCAGCGCGAGUCGAUCUGCCGCAUCAUCGAGAUAGCGCUUGUGCACGACCAAGUGGUCAUCACGGAGCUGGCGAGCUUCGAGUAUCCCGCGAGGCAGCUGCAGCUCAUCGAGGUCGGCCACUUCCUCGGCAUCGGGGAGACCAAGGGCAACCUGUGCAUCUGUCCCGCCCUGAUGCAGUUCAUCGCAGAGCAGAUGAAAAACGAGGCGGCGGUGUCCAAGGAACGACGCAAGGCGCGCGAGGAGCGCGCCUUGCGGGCGCCAUGCGCGGCCUGGCGCCGGCGGUGCAGCGAGGGCGCCGCCGCCCACAACUUGCCCCAUGGUCGCGCUGAGGGGGCUCCCAGCGAUGGUCAGGCGACGAACGGCUCUCUGGCCCAGCGCGUCGCUAUCGAGGAGCUGCAGGAACAGCGCCGCAGUUUCGAGUUGCCUGCUGGCUACAGUGAGCAACGACAGUUUUGUGAAGCAUCCCUCGUAGAGGUGCUCGAGACGACCCCAGGCUACCAGAACAGCUCACGGGUCAAACCCUGCGACAAGGCCCUCGUGGCCUGGCCCGCGCUCACGGGGCCACCCGUUCAGGUGUCCUCCUUCGCGCAGCAGGCCGACGCCGUCCAGUUGGAGGGUUGGAGGCAGAGUAUGCUGAGAUCCGAUGCCGAGGUCCGCGAGCUGCAGGAGACGCCGGGCGUUCAACGGCCUUGCGUCGACCCGCAGCUGCGCAAUCCUCGGAAGUAUGCUGAAUAUUUAGACAUGAUGCUGCGUCACCAUCUGAUCGAGUGGAGCGUG